AAGCCAGCCCUAUAUACACACACACACUCCAUUACUACUACUGUAUACUUCAAUACUUGUUCUAUUCAACUAUAUAUAUAUAAAUGACCCCGGGAUGUUUCCAAAGCCGGCGGGGAAAACCCGGGCGCAGCUGCCGGAGGUUGGGGGACGGGAACAAGGACGAGGCGGUGGAGGGGAUGAAGUACAGGGUGAGGGUUCUGCAGCGGGAGGUGGAGGAGAUGAUCUGCAUCAGGGAGAAGGAGAGCCGGGUGCUCGAGCGCGAGACCCUCCUCCUCGCCAUCAGAGAGGCAGCUGAGUGGAGGAAAGAGAGGGAGGCGCUCAAGGACCAGGUGAACAUGUUAAGGAAUAUGUUGUUAUUGGACGACCGAAGAAGAAGAAGAUUCUGUGGCGAAGGUUGUUGUUUGGACGAUGAGAUGAUGGUGGCAAGAGAUGAGGAAGGUGGUGUUGUUGACAACAAGUGGAAACACCUCUACUUUGCCAUCAAGGUCGAACUCGAUCGCCUCAUUCUCACCACCAACAACGACAACAACACUCGUAAUAAUCGAGAUAUGGUGGAGAAGGAGGUGAGGGGCAAGGAGGAAAAGAUCAGGGAUCUAGAGUCAAGAAUUGCAUUCUUGGAGCAGCAGGAAUUGAGGAGACUAAGGGAACUUGACAUCUUGAGGCAGAGCUUGAGGAUUAUGUUUUACAACAACAACAACAGCAAAGCAUUGUCUUUUCACCUCAAAUAAUUCAUCAAACAUAUCAUAUAUAUAUACAUAUAUAUAUAUAUAUAUAUAUGUAUCAUAGAAUAAUUGUCUUGAGAAUGG